AACGAUGCCUACCUCUUCGAAUGAGUCGAUCACUAUUUUCCAUGAUCGCGGCCCCGGUAAGGCCACCACCGGCCCCACCGGCCAUCUCUACUCCUCCGACGCAAACUACGACUAUGAAUCCCUCUCGCAUUCACCUUCUCCUGAAACCCACCCCGUCGGUCCCUCCAAGGCUGUCGCCGCACUGGCCGAAGGCCGUCAGCAGCUUCAGCCGGCCAUCUCGCUGAAAGCUCAAACAUCAAGCUGUGCCAGCAGUGAAACCAGAGCUGAGACCUGCGUGGACUACCGAUCGACUGAACGCGAUGGAUCCGAUACGCAGACCUUGUUGAUUCAGCGGACAAGGAGCGAGGCCACAUCAGCCCCAACAGCUGGAGCUUCCAAUCUUUUGACUAUCUCCACUGACCACUCUCCAGGGUCGUCGUCUACUCCCUCCCAAAAGGCUACAGCCAAGUCCACUGCCACUGAGGAAACGUCGAACACCCAAACAACCCCUCCGACAACUCCUGGGAGCACCUUGGUUGUAACACAGAAGGUUUCUGCUACUGUAGACGAGACGUCGCGCAAUAGUCCGUUCUUUGCCGAUACUUCUUCUGUCGACUUUGCCCUUCUAUGCAACAAAGAUCUAUUUUCUGAACACGCUAUGCUGGAUCUGUGUAAUGUUGCCUCGCCUGUGCAGCUUGCGGACGACGCCGUGAAACGGUCGCCGGCUAAUGAACAGAACGCACACCAGCAGCCCAGCGAUGUCGCUCACGACGUGUAUCUGGCUGUUACCGGGGAAUCUCAACAACAAGCGGGGCAGAGUGCGAGUGCGACGAUCGUUCCGUUGGACCACGAUGGCAACCCACAGCACCCAUCUGCCAUCAACCCGCGUCUUUUGCGCAGGAGGCCACGAAUCCCAGCAAAAUACGCGUCUACGAAUGCCACAGCGGCACGAACGGCCGCUUUGCCGAACGAGAACUAUCACGGCGUAUGCACGCCCCCCGUCCACCCACCGCAGAUGGGAACAGCCCCUCCUGUACCACCUCAACUUUCCCCUGUGCAAGUCUUUCAGAAGUACAACCAGGCGCACCAAUCGCCUGCGCCGGAGCCUCUGGCGCGAGAGGCGUCCUGCAGCGUAGCCGAUACGAAUGCAGGCGCGGCCUAUCGUUACGCAUACUACGACCAUGCAUGGGAUUACACCCAGCCUCGCCAGGCUAUUCCUCCGCAGGAGAUUAUCGAAGGCAGCAAGGGAAAAUAUGAACUAGCCGAUCAUCGACCCCAAACGGAAGGGACGUGUCAGGUCUCCGCUCACCCCGCUGCAGGAUGGAAUUCUACCCAGGCGCACGAGUUCCCAGGGCAAUUCUCAAUGCUAGAGAGCGGUUCAUCCACGGGCAUACAGACAGCAGCACACGAAGCGCUAGAUGCGAGAGUCUGGUGGCAGGCCACUUCUAGCUUUUCCGCCGCUUCUAAUUCCGUCACCUCCGACUCCUCUGUCGCUAUUGAUUCUACGUUUCCCAGUCCUCCUCUAUCCUCUCCUAUCACCGCCGCUCUCGUCGCAUAUACCCGUCCCCUCCCCCCACCCGUUUCCGUCGCUCCUGCUGGUUACCCAUCCUCGAACUCGUCCAUUCAUGGAUCCACAAACAACCAAGACCGAUACUCCGCCGUGAUGCCUGAAUAUUCAUGUUACGCCACUUCCAGUGAGGGAUCGCAUCCGAGUAUCCUGAAUGACCCUUCAACGAACUUGUCAGGUUUAGGACAGGACGCUUCGAGGACUCCCACCGACAGCAUCUCGAUGUCUCACAAUGCUUCUUUCAGCCUUUCUGGGGCUACCCAGAACGUUGGGGCUUAUUGCCAGUCACACCAUCAGCUUCACCAGCAGCAGAGCGCCCGAAAUGGAGCUACAAGCGUAUUACCUGACUGGAGUCUUAUGAACGAACUUGAUCAGUUCAUGGUGCCGUCUUGUGACCUUGCGGCGUAUGCAGGUACGAGCAGGGUGGCGACAUCCGACCAGACUACGACGCAUAGCACAGCGACUCAGUCGCAGCAGCUGACAUUCGUGGAACCCUCGGUUACGGGCGGCAACUAUGCUUCUACUUGGCCCUUUUUCUCAGAGGCUACGUAUACUUCUGGCACGAAUUUAGUGACAAAUGUUCCAUCACUACUCCCAGACAACUCAUCGCUGCCUUCCUCAAGAUUCAACAUGGACUAUCAGCCUGCGCUCCCUCCAGCUCCGACGAUGAUGCCGCCGCGGCAGCGGCAGCCUUCGACAGAGCGUCGCACUGCCCACGGCGGGGCUCCUGUAGCUCAGAUGAGCUCUCAGAAUCGCCUUCCUCCUGGUCCGGCUGCUCCUUCGACGAGGCGUUCCCAGCGCACCCCGUCACAGACAGCUGUGGAUACCGGGAGGAGGCCGCGCCAGAAACUUCAGGACAUCGACCUUGCACGAUACGGAGCAUACAUGAUUCGUAGGCCUGCCGCUCGUCGUGACACCCUCGCCCAGACCGGUUCUUCCGGCAGCACUUCGCAUGACCGCCACGCAUUGGCCAGCCAGUGGUCUCUCCCGUCCAUCGCCGACCUUGUUCCAGGCAUCAGCCCAAUCUCGGAGGCGUGCGAACCUCGGCGGCCUGUGCAAGUCUCUCAGGAGGCUCAGACUGGUCCAAGUCGUCUCUCUCGCACCUCGUCUUCACGCACUGGGUCUGGCAACGUGCACAAUCCCGCCUCUGAAGCUGGGCCCUCUGUGGCGUCUGCGUCCAGAGCGUCUACACCACGGGUGCCCAGCCCUGCUCCUCGGCAACCUGAAGCCGGAACACUUGCCCCGCGCCCUGCGAAAGAGAAAGAGCCUUCCGCGUCUAAGCGGUGGGAGGUGUGUCCGAUUGAAGGCUGCAGCACGGGUGGUUAUCCGCGGGGCACCAAGGGGGAGCACGUGCUUACGGAGCACGCCCGGUCGGUGGGCGGCGAGGGCGACGAGGGCGACCGAGUUGAGUGCCUGAUCGUGUCGGAUGGCGUGCAUCCGCGUGCGUACGAGCUGUCCAGCGGCUCGUUUCUCAACCACGUCAACGAUGUUCAUCUGCGGAGGCUUCCGGGGGACGUGGUCCGGUCGCGAAAGAAUGCGCCCCCGCCUCCCACCGACCUUUCCCGCAGGUUAGGCAAGAGGCGGCGCGAGCACGAGCCCUCGUCGACCCCUGAGGAGAAUCUGUCCAGCCGCAAGAAGAGGAAGUAGCUCGUGGUGUAACGUCUCUGAAUCCGCUACCUGUCAUACCUGUAGCCUUUGUACCCAUCUAUAUGCCU